GACAUCAUGGGCAUCAAAGUCUAUAAAUACAUCUUCAAACCCUGAAGCCUUGAAGUGUGAAGUCAGGUCUGGGAGAAUAUCUCCACAUCCAGAGUCUGGAUUUUGUGCACAAAGGUGGAAAACGUUUAAAAUCUUUCGGACUGUGUGCUUGAUUUUUGCAGGAGCCAUGUGUUCUGGGAGUUUCGCUAAAUGCCUCGGCAUCACCCUCAUCCCUCUGGCCAUCCUAUGUACCCUCGCAAAUAUCCUGCUGUUUUUCCCAGGAGGAAAAACAGUGGAGAACAACAACCAGAUCUCUGAAGAGGUGUGGUAUUUCGGAGGGAUACUCGGAUCAGGAGUUUUGAUGAUCUUCCCGGCCCUGGUCUUCCUGGGUCUGAAGAACAACGACUGCUGUGGCUGCUGUGGCAACGCGGAAUGCGGCCAGCGAUUCGCGAUGUUUACGUCCAUCAUAUUUGCAGGAAUUGGAGUCCUGGGAGCUGGUUAUUCCUUCAUAAUAUCUUCUGUGGCUAUUAAUCGAGGUCCCAAAUGCUUACACAACGGGAACUGGAGUUACCCUUUUGAAAACGGGAAUUACCUGUCCAACAACACCCUCUGGGGCGACUGCGAGAAGCCCGCGGACGUCGUGCCCUGGAACCUGACGCUGUUCUCCCUGCUGCUGAUCAUGAGCGGGGUGGAGAUCGUCCUCUGCGCCGUCCAGGUGGUCAACGGCUUGAUCGGCACCAUCUGCGGGGACUGCAGCUGCGGCUGUUGCGGGGGAGAUGGGCCUGUUUGAGUGGAAUUGUAUUUUUAAAGACCCUGUACAUCCAGGAUAUACGGGAUACAUAAGGUGUAUUUUUUAUAAAUAUAUACAUUUGUAAAGUUUUAUUUUGCUAUUCUGAAGAGAUUCUAUUACUACCCGGCUUUGACAGUGUGGAUUUUUUUUUUGUCAGAGGACCUCAUGGUCAGUGGUCUGGUGAUGGCAAAGGUGUUUGUGCUGUUUUACUACUGCAUAUUUAUUGGCUGGCUGGCUGCAUAUUAAGAUAUUUAACUUCAGAAUGCUUUUAGAACAAAGACCUACUUUAAUCCCAAUGUCCAGCAGAUUAAAUACUGAAAAUGUUAUUUUCAACACCACCCUGCCCAAACCCAAACAUUAAAUAAAGGCGGAACUGUUAGAUUUAA